AUGGCCCCACCACGUUCCCUCCUCGCCCAAACCGUCAUCCCAAUCCUCACCCGACAACCCGUCCUCGCCGCUCCCCCGCGCUUCUUCCGCCGCCACCACCACACCCACCUCCUCCUCCGCCGUCCACUCCCAUCUCCCGCUCCCCUCACCCCCCGCCACCGACACCACCACAGCACGGAACCCUCGGCGCCCAGACCCUACACCUUCGAAGAGGUGCGCGCCCUCACGGCCGACCCCUCCCCCUCCCCCUCCCGCACCAUCAUCAUCGACGUCCGCGAGCCGGCCGAAGUGCAGGAAUCGGGGCGGAUCCCGGGCGCCUACUCCAUGCCCCUGACGUCGAACCCGGACGCGUUCCACCUGAGCGACGGGGACUUUUUCGACAGGUUCGGGUUCGGGAAACCGCACGCGUACAAGACGUCGACGUCGGAGUUGCCGUACUCGGCGGAAGCGAAGGGGAGGGAGGCGGGCGGCGGGUUGGGUGCGGAGGAUGGGGUUGAGGGUGCGGAUGCCGAUGGGGAAGCGGGGGACGGGGGGGAAGAUGGAGGGGGGACGGGGGUGGAGGAGGUGGUUUUUUACUGCAAGGCCGGGGUGAGGAGUAGAGCUGCAGCUAGGAUGGCGAGGGAGUGGGUGGGAGUCCAGGCCGGGGAUAUGAAAGGCGGGUGGAUCGAGUGGGAGGGGAGGGGAGGGGAGGUUGAACGGUGA